AUGGCAAGCUCAACCCAACUGAAAGCAUGCUUUAUAAUUUUCUGUCUUUCCUUUGGUAUUACUGCUUAUUCUCCUAUAGCAAAAUGGGUUUUUACCCAAAAAAAUCUAGUAAAUGGGAAGAUCAAGGACUUAUCAUCUAAUAGCAAUGCGCCUUUCCAAAAAUCACAAGGGAGCAUAGCUACAUCAGAUGUAACUUGUAAAGGUCUUCAUACCAAUAAUUCCGGUGGCUCCACAUCAAAUGGCUGUGUAUAUUUGAUAGUGAGACAUUUGAACAAAAAACCGCCCAAAUUUCGGCCAAACGGUGAAUUAUUUUAAAAUUUUGACCAAUUAUCUUCGAUGAAAUGCACACUAAUAAACUGCACGAUCGUUGGACUUGCACCCACUUCCGGGUUCUUUCUACUAUGGGACUGCAAGUGCUAUUACCUCGUCCACAGUAGAGUUUGGGGUAAGCAUAUGAUUGAGCUCGCAAGGUAAAGGAACCCCAGUUGAAAUGAAAACUGGUAUUAAUAACGAUUCAAAAUAUUAUGUCUGAUUUGAGUUUUUCUAUCCCUGGACCUAUAUCUUUCAGGCAUCUGAAGGCGGAAGCAAACAAGUUACUAUUACUCGAGGUAUUCUUUAUAUAUAGGAAACUGAAUAUUUUUGGUAUUUUAUUUUGUCAAAUCUCUAUCCGUUUGGACUUGGACAGUUAUUUCUCCAGAGUUUUCCACUUUUAGUUUAACUGGUAGCAGCAACCCGGGGAAUGUAAUUAAAAUUGGACAAAAUGCGGAAGCAAACUUUUAUGAGAUUCAAUUCUUCAUAAAAGCUGCUAUAAAUUCACAUAUUGUCACUUUAUAUGAUAGCUCUGAUGCUACUUAUGAUGCUACAACUUCGACUUGUCUAGCUUCUUGCACAAAUUAUUGCCACCCCGAUGUGGGAUGUUUAAACUCAAAUCCUUGCUCAUGCCCGGCACUUUGUAUAUGCUCUGCAAAUGAUUCAGUGUGCACAUCUUGCAAAGAUCCAAAUGGUGUUUUUGAAAAUAAAUGCCAAUGUAAAACUAAUUAUGUUCUUCAAGGACUUACUUGUGUCUUAGGUAAUUUUUAUGCAGAUUCUCCUCCCGAUUGUGCAUUAUGGACACCAGAGAAGGUAUGCACUCAAUGCAAUCCAAACUUUUUCCUCUAUAAUAGUGGCUCUUCUACAAGCUGCUUAGGUAACUUUUAUUUAGCUUGUGGCUCAUGCACUUCUUGCAAUGCUAUUCCUACUUGCUUUAAAUGUACUGAUUUAAUUUCUGAAGCUGAAAACUCCUGCAGAGUUGACUCAAUUGGGUACAAAUUUAGCUUUGCCUCUCCAAACAUUAUUGUUGAUUUCGCCUAUCCGUUGGCGAAGACUCUAAAAAUCAGCAACUUAAAAGCAACAACUACGGAUAGCCAGGCUAUCGCGACCACUACUUGGCAAAUCCACUCGCAAACAGCAAGCCAGCUACAGAUUAGAACUGAUCUAACUCUAAGCCAGUUCCCAAUCAAGCUUAGCUUCAGCUUUGAGCAAGACCCUUAG